AUGCGAAGAGGAGUUGGAGCUGGGGCUAUUGCCAAAAAGAAGCUUGCGGAGGCCAAAUAUAAAGAAAGGGGAAAUGUUUUGGCAGAAGACCAAAUAAUUCAAAUGUCCAAGCAGCUGGAGACAUUUAAGUCCCACUUGGAAGAAUUUGCCAGUAAACACAAGCAAGAGAUCCGCAAGAAUUCUCAGUUCAGAGUUCAGUUUCAGGAAAUGUGUGCCACCAUAGGAGUGGACCCUCUUGCAUCUGGAAAAGGGUUUUGGUCAGAGAUGCUUGGAGUUGGAGACUUUUAUUAUGAACUUGGUGUGCAGAUCAUUGAAGUUUGCCUUGCCCUUAAACACAGAAAUGGAGGUCUCAUUACACUGGAUGAACUUCAUCAAAGAGUACUGAAGGGAAGGGGUAAAUAUGCACAAGACGUUAGCCAAGAUGAUUUAGUGAGAGCCAUAAAGAAACUGAAGGUGAUGGGGAGUGGAUUCGGGAUGAUUCCAGUGGGUGGUUCUUAUUUAGUGCAGUCUGUCCCAGCUGAGCUAAACAUGGAUCACACUGUUGUAUUGCAGCUGGCAGAGAAAAAGGGAUACGUUACAGUUAGUGAGAUUAAAGACAGUCUCAAAUGGGAGAAAGAACGGGCUUCCCAUGUCUUGGAUCACCUUCUCAAAGAGGGACUGGCGUGGUUGGACUCCCAAGCAGCUGGGGAGGCGCAGUACUGGCUCCCAGCUCUGUUCUCUGAGCUGACAUCCCGGGACAUAACUCCAGAGGAGGCCAAUCAGAUGAGCCCCUAA